GCGCAACAUGUUUUGGAAUAUGAAUAGAACAUAUUGGUACAUUGUCACUUGCAAUUUUUAACACUUGUAGUUAUAAUUAUAUUAAUGCAUAUGAGUUUUAUGGGAGAUGAUUUUAAAGUACAUGUUAUUAAUGGGCUUAAUUUCACAUAACAUAAUUUAUUCAAUUGGUAUGUAUUUUGGAAGGCCAUUCAUUCCACGAUUUUAUUCAAUUCCAAAAAAUAAUGUAUUUCAGACUUCACAACAUAAUUUUAAAACUUUUAACAACUACGGCAUUUUUUACAAGAAACAAGACGAUCAAUGGAAUCAAGGAAAUAGGUUAUCUCAACUACCAGAAAUAGUAAGACGUAAUAAUGAAGAGCAUAAUAUACAUCAGAGAACUUAUGGGGAUAGACAACCUCAACCACAAAGUGAAUAUUUAAUAAAUCACCACCUUUGGAACAUUCAAGCACAGCAAACCCUUUUCCAACGUCAACAAUUAGUAAAACACAGACAACAUCAAAAAUAUUUACUAAAUAAACAAGAAGAUAUUAAAAAACAAUUUGACCAUCAAGUAAAACUAUUGAAAGAAAACGCAUUGAAGAAAAAGCUUACACAACGUUCAAAUUAUUUACAACGGCGUUACUAUGAGAAUAUUCUGCAUCGUGAAUAUGAUGAAAAUGAAUCUGAAUUGCAUCAAAAAACAUCUGAUGAAACAUAAUAUAACUAAUUAAAUGAACUGUAGAAUAGAAAAUAAAGUUUUGUACAAUUUAAUGUAUGAAUUAUUUAUUACAAUUAUAUAAUAUUAUAAAUUCAAUACAAAAGUGAUGUAUAAUAUUAUUUUAUAAAUUUUAAUAUUUUAAUGUAUUAUAAAAAUCGUUUUAAUGAAACUUAAAUCAAUAACACUGUAUAAUAUAAAAUAUUUAUAUACUGAAGUAGAUAAGAAGCAAUGUAUUUUUAUUGAAGUAGUGUUAACAUCAUAAUUAACCACAUCAAGU